UGGGAAUGGCUGUUCCCCCUUCGGCUCCGCCGCCGCGCUCGCCCUUUUACCUGAGGAGGCAGACGUCUUGGCCGCAGUGCUCAUGGGGCAUGGAGGAGAAGGCGGCGGCCAGUGUGGGCUGCCGGGAGCCGCCGGGCCCCCAGAGGGCCGCCGCCGUCCCGUGCUUCGGCAUAUCCGUGGACCAGGACGACAUCCUCCCCGGCGCCCUGCGCCUCAUCCAGGAGCUGCGGCCGCACUGGAGGCCCGAGCAAGUUCAGACCAAGCGCUUCACCGAUGGCAUGACCAACAAGCUGGUGGCCUGCUACGUGGAGGAGGACAUGCAGGAUUGUGUGCUGGUCCGGGUGUACGGGGAGCGGACGGAGCUGCUAGUGGACCGUGAGAAUGAGGUCAGGAGCUUCCAGUUGCUGCAAGAACAUGGCUGUGCCCCCAAACUCUACUGCACCUUCCAGAAUGGGCUGUGCUACGAGUACAUGCCGGGCAUGGCCUUGGGGCCCGAGCACAUCGGGGAGCCCCAGCUCUUCAGGUUAAUCGCGUUAGAAAUGGCAAAAAUCCACGCCAUCCACGCCAACGGCACCCUGCCCAAGCCCACCCUCUGGCACAAGAUGUAUGACUAUCUCACCCUUGUGAAGAAUGAGAUCAACCCCAGCCUUUCUGCAGAUGUCCCUAAGGUAGAAGUACUGGAACGGGAGCUGGCCUGGCUGAAGGAGCAUCUGUCCCAGUUGGACUCCCCUGUGGUGUUCUGUCACAAUGACCUGCUCUGCAAGAAUAUCAUCUAUGACAGCACCAAAGGUCAUGUACGGUUCAUUGACUAUGAAUAUGCCGACUACAACUACCAAGCGUAUGACAUUGGCAACCAUUUCAAUGAGUUUGCAGGUGUGAAUGAAGUUGAUUACUGCCGGUACCCCUCGAGGGAGACCCAGCUGCAGUGGCUGAGCUACUACCUGCAGGCACAAAAAGGGAUGGCCGUGACCCCCAGGGAGGUGGAGAAGCUCUAUGUGCAAGUCAACAAGUUUGCCCUGGCAUCUCACUUCUUCUGGGCACUCUGGGCCCUUAUCCAGAACCAAUACUCUACCAUCGACUUUGAUUUCCUCAGGUACGCGGUGAUCCGAUUCAACCAGUACUUCAAGGUGAAGCCUCAAGUGUCGGCCUUGGAGAUGCCAAAGUGACCAGCUUCCCCCAGCCCUCCCCACUCAUUGCCUGGCCAGAUCUAUUGUCCGGGGCUGGGUCCUGCUCUGGGGGCUGCACCCUUGGACAAGGUGGGAGUGGGGACAGGGGUGUGUCCAGGGAGAAGGCUCCACCCCUGCUGCCAGCCCCCCCAACAAAUGCCACUCUCAACCUCAUUCUCCUGUUUGGAGGGGCUGAUAGGACCUGACUCUGGGGGUCCCCUUCAUCUCCCCAGGCUUGGGGGGAAGUGCCUACAGACAGCCAGAUGCUACCAGUGUCAGGGACCAGACCACAGCACCUGUGGGAACCAUAGCAUCCCUAGCCCCAGACUGUGCUGGAAUCUGGGCUGCCUUAGAUGCAUCUCUGACCCUCCUGGCUUGGGGCAGCGGGGAGGGUGGGAGGGCUCCUUUCUACCUCCAGUGCUCGAGCCUCCAGCCCAUCUCCCCUGCGUGCCCCGUGUGGGAGGUGCUGCGCCUCAAACCAACAUCGUGCCAACUCUGACAGAUGGAUGUACAUACCUCGAGGGCGUCUAAAAUUGGGCAUGACAGCGCCCCCAGCAGCCAUCUUACCUGAGACCUUUUGCCUUCUCCAAGCCAGAUCCAGUCAAACAACCCUCCCCAAACCUCAGCCUGAGGAAGCACCCUCCCCACCAGUAUGCUUUCUGUUCCUGUGCUUGUGUCUGUCCGUCCACAGCCUGCUGGGAAGGGAGGAAGGGUCCUAGGCCUCCAGAACCCAGCUCUGCUUAGUGCUGAGGGGACGGCGCCAAGGGUGGGGUGACCAGAACCGGAGCCAGCAGCCUCCUGCCUCAUUCCCUCCCCUUCCCAGGCCCUCGCUGACAUAGGUCGGCCUCUCCAGCUUUAGCUUCUAUCCUGAAGCUGACCUCAGGUCGUCCCAUUGGGGAAUGACUGGUGGGAACCCAAGGGCAGGGGGCCAGGGACCCCCAGGUCCCAGCAUGUGAGAGCCUACGUAGGGCCAGGUCCUGAAGGUGCUGAGCUGGUUGUCACUCCGCCUCUUUUCUGCCCUCACAGCUCCUCCUGGGGCCCUCCUGGCUCUGGGCUAGAAAGUGGACUCAUUUGUAAAUUAUCAUGGUUUUCUGCAUUAAAAUGGCCAUUUCUGGAACUGCUCUUUGUCUGAGUGACCAUGGGGAGGGUUGAUUUGACGUCUCCCCCAUAGGGUCUGAUGCCUCCCUAGACCAGGUAGCUGAGGUGUACUCUGGAGCUUCUCUGUACACUGGAGAAGUCAGGGUCAGAGUCGAGCCUCCACCUCAGAGGUGGAGGGAGGGCCUACACACUUAACAAACGCCACCUCAGGACCUGGCUCCAAAGGCUCCGGGGAUGCUUGUUUGGGGUAGACCUGGGCAUGGGCAUGGCUGGUCAUUUCAGAGCUUCUCUGCCCUUGACCAUCUGCUAGCUGAACCUGGUAGAGUGUUGAUAGAGGAAGCUAGGUUGUGAGUAGCAAGGAGAACUUGGACCCACCACUGAGGAGAACUUGGACCUAUCGCUGAGAUCCUGAAUCGAAGUGCUCGGGACUUCCUGUUGGUCAUCUGGCGCCCAGCUACUCGGGGUGGGGGAAGGGGGCUGCUCUGCCUGACAACAGGCAAGGGUGGUUUCCUGAACUGGCACUUUAUUAGAAGGCCAGAGGAAGGGGAGCAGAAAUGCAAAGUUGUUUCAGCCCCAGUUGCUACGGCUGCACUCCCAGGGCUGGGCGGCAGCAGAGCUCCCCAGAAUGUGCCCAGCACCCUUAGCAGCCGCAGUGACAGCAGCAGCCACUGCCUGCCAGGUAGGGUAGACUGGCUGCUUGGCUUUGCCUGCUAAAGUACCAGGUGUCAUGGCAACUGCUGCAGUUGGCAGUAGCCUCUGGGCCUUCAUAAAGGUCGUGGGGAUCCGUGUGGCUGGGCCCCCAUGAGGCAGUAACCGAGCCUUGAGGGGCACUACAGUGGAGCACAUGAGGGGAUAGAUGUGCCCAGGCCUAGGGAUGGUUCCAGGGCUGGGCAGGUAGGUGCACCCAGGGUCGUCAUGGGGUCAGGUGGUCAUGGCCACAGCCUUCCCAUGGACUAAA